AUGUUGUGUCUAAAAUUACUGCUGCUGGCAAUAUUUUCUACGGAACAGCCGAUAUUGCCUGUAAGAUUGUCACCUUUCGUUGACGCAGCUGCAUGUAAAGGAUGUGUACCGCCCUGUAUCUGUCCUGGACGAAAAGGAGAGCGGGGCAUACCAGGUUUUCAAGGUGAAAGAGGUCAUCCCGGAGCACCUGGUCAGGAUGGUGGUGAAGGGCAAGCUGGUGCAGGUGGAAUGCAGGGUGCAGAAGGAGAUUUCGGUGAUCCAGGAAUGAAGGGUGCUAGAGGCGAUCGAGGUUUACCAGGCGCACCGGGUCAUGUUGGAUAUCCCGGACUCGAUGGCUUACCUGGUAUGAAGGGUGAAAUGGGUAUACCGGGAUGCAAUGGUACGGAUGGAAGACCAGGAUUACCAGGUUUAACCGGUCCUCCAGGUUUAAGAGGUCCUCCUGGCGAACCGGGUCGUUCUGGAUAUCCUGGACCACCGGGCGAAGGAGGUAUCAAUUCAAUUGGCAGGAAAGGUGAACGAGGAGACUCGGGUCGUGCUGGAUUACCUGGUAUACCAGGUUUACCCGGAUUACCUGGACCGAAAGGUGCGAAAGGAGAUCCUGGACCGUAUGGACCACCAGGCUUCCCCGGUCCUCAAGGUCCAAAAGGACGCAUGGGAAUUCGAACACCGGGUAUGAAGGGUGAAAAAGGUUUAGCAGGACCACCAGGACUACCCGGGCCACCAGGUAGCUUUGCUGGUGCAUCUGCUCCGGAAGAAACGGAAGUAAUUCAAGGACCUGUGGGACAACCAGGUUUGAAAGGUGAGAAAGGACGAGUUGGUCCAGUUGGACCUCCUGGAUUUGCUGGAAGUGAUGGGGUGCACGGAUUUCCAGGAAUCAAAGGACAAAAAGGAGAUCCUGGCGAUUUAGGAGCGAGAGGCAAACGAGGGAAAGAUGGUCCUAUGGGUUUGAUCGGAGAAAAAGGUGAAACUGGCAUCCAGGGUGUACCAGGUCUUGAUGGCUAUUCGGGACAGAAAGGUGCUGCUGGUGAAUUGGGUUAUGACGGUCGGAUCGGCCAAGAGGGUGAUCCUGGACCACCGGGUGAAUUUGGUGUUGGCAGAGGGCAGCCAGGACCACGCGGUUUACAGGGAUUUGAUGGAGCACCCGGAAAAAAAGGACAACCAGGUACCCCAGGUGGAUUAGGUCCAGUCGGUGCUCGAGGACCGAAUGGUGCUCCCGGUCUACAAGGAUCUCCUGGUCUAAGUGGCUUACCUGGAUAUUCAGAGAAAGGUGAUCGUGGUGCAGAUGGCAAUCCAGGUUACGUGGGAGAUGCAGGAGCGCCGGGCACUCCUGGUGACUGCGGAGUGCCAGGUGAACAAGGUUUACCAGGCUUCGACAUCCAAGGACCACCAGGAUUGGAAGGAAGGCCUGGUCGCGACGGUUUUACUGGAGUGCCGGGUGAUGUGGGUGAUCAUGGAUUAGCGGGUUUGAAAGGGUUUCCUGGUACUGGUGUUUCGAAAGUGGGUCCGCCAGGUAUGAUCGGUUUAAUAGGGCCGCCUGGAGAGAAUGGACGAAUCGGUUUAGAUGGAAUACCGGGUAGUGCUGGUUAUCCUGGGGAAAAGGGUGAUGACUGUGGAUAUUGUGCACCGGGUGUACCAGGACAAAAGGGCGACGCUGGUCUUCCGGGUCAGGAUGGAUAUCCAGGUCCAGUGGGUCCAAACGGAAAUCAAGGUCUUCCUGGAAUGAAAGGUUUAGCUGGAAAACCAGGACAUCUGGGUUCUGAUGGACAACAGGGUUCCGAAGGUUUGCCGGGAUUACCGGGUUUCCAGGGAAUAAAAGGUGAGGCGGGAGAAAUUCUUGGUGGAAUGGAGAAUCCUCGAGGAUUCCCAGGAAUCAAAGGAGAAAGAGGGGAAUCAGGCAUGUUACUUUACUUCAAGCGAUUUCAAGACUGUAUUCCUGGAGAACGAGGAAAUCCUGGAGUUGAUGGGUUACCUGGACCACCAGGUCCAGAUGGAACACUAGGUUUUCCUGGAGAAAAAGGCUUACCAGGAAUUAACGGAAAGCAUGGUCGUGAUGGAGCUCCUGGACAGUCUGGAGCGGUUGGACCACCAGGUGACUCAUAUCCAGGUCCGCCUGGUCUACAUGGGACAAAAGGUGAACGAGGUGCUGAUGGUUUGCCAGGUCUUCCUGGACCAAUUGGACCACAAGGACCACCAUAUAGUGGUCUAAUUAGAAGUUUGGUUGGCCGUGAUGGUUAUAAUGGAGCACCGGGGUUGAAGGGAAUGCGUGGAUCCGAUGGUCUUCCCGGUUUACCAGGCUCACGUGGUCUGGAUGGGUUACCAGGAAGAGCUGGUGAACCUGGCAUUGUUGGAUAUCCUGGUAAGCUCGGACAGAGCGGAAUUCCCGGACAUCCUGGUUUGUUGGGAGAUGAUGGAUACCCAGGAAUCCCUGGUGAAGUUGGAUUACCGGGAGCAGGCGGUCUUCCUGGCCUGAGUGGCCUAUCAGGUUUACGCGGGGAACCAGGUAUAGGCCUAAUCGGACAAGUUGGUUUUCCCGGAGCAAAAGGUGAGAGCGGUAGACCUGGUUAUCGAGGACAUGUUGGGAAGGCAGGAGCACAAGGAAAGAUAGGAGUUGCUGGUGCGAAAGGUGCAGAAGGUGAAAAUGGUUAUCCUGGACUAGCUGGGAUCCCUGGAAAAAAAGGUGAACGUGGUUUACCGGGAAUACCGGGAAAAAUAGGACGUCCAGGACGAGCAGGAGAAGCUGGCACCCCAGGAAUUCCAGGAAUGAAAGGAAGAAAUGGUAUUCCCGGCAGAGAUGGUUUGCCUGGAAUUAAAGGAGAAAGAGGUUUUGCUGGACUGCCAGGUUUACCUGGAAAAAUUGGAGCGAUCGGCGAGGCAGGAACUCCUGGUGAAAAUGGACUGUUUGGUUAUCCAGGACUGAAAGGAGAACGAGGUAUAGAUGGGAUGCCAGGACAACCCGGUUUCCCUGGUAUGUCAGGAGAUCGUGGACUUGAUGGAUUGCCUGGGUUGCAAGGUGUUGAUGGCGAACCAGGUCUACCUGGUGUUCCUGGACUAGAAGGGCUUCCUGGUUUAUCUGGAACUCCAGGUUUUGCUGGCUUGCCUGGCAUAAAAGGAAUACGUGGUGAACCUGGACGAUUUGCUCAUCCAGGACCGCCAGGUGACGUCGGAUUACCAGGACCACAAGGCCCCAUUGGUUUACCAGGACAGGAUGGAAUACCGGGGACUAAAGGAGAACCUGGUUCAUUGGGAAACAGUUAUUCCGGUUUACCAGGCUUGCAAGGCGCGGAAGGAGAACCUGGUAGAGAUGGAAUCGAUGGACCUGUUGGGUUUCCUGGUUUACCAGGAAUGAUUGGUUAUCCAGGAGCCAAAGGUGAGCAGGGCGAUGUAGGAAGGAGUGGUGGACGUGGAUUUGAUGGACAACCAGGCAUACCUGGUGUUAAGGGUGAAUCUGGGUUGCCAGGACUACCAGGUAUUCCCGGUAUUCAAGGUCCACCUGGAUUAGACGGCAUGUUGGGUCAAAAAGGUCAUGCUGGUCUUCCAGGGGAGCCUGGAUUUGAUGGUCAGAGAGGAAAAUCAGGAGAACACGGUAGAAAAGGAGAAAUUGGCCAGUCAGGAUCUCCUGGAUCAAUUGGUCCAGUAGGAGCACCUGGUAUACCGGGUGAAGUGGGCUUAUCUGGAUUACCAGGUAUGCCUGGUGAUGAAGGUAGUGCAGGUCUGCCAGGCAUACCAGGAAUCAAAGGUUUACGUGGUGACGCUGGUCCUGUGGGCUCUGCUGGCUUGAACGGCUUUCCUGGCAUUGCUGGUGCUCGAGGUGACGAUGGGCUACCUGGUCUGCCAGGAGCACCUGGAUUCGGAGUUCAAGGUCCACCGGGUGAUAUAGGUUAUCCUGGAAUUGACGGUAAACUUGGUUUGCCAGGUUUUAAAGGUGGACGUGGUGAAGAGGCCAGGUCAGGUGUGGCCGGUGCGUCCGGUAUGCCUGGUACUGAUGGUGUUCCAGGUUAUCGUGGUGAAAAAGGCAUUUCUGGAAUUCCGGGCAAAAGAGGUCGUGAUGGAGCUUCUGGAUUACCUGGGCCAGCAGGAAAGGAUGGCUAUCCGGGCGCAAAAGGUGAAAGAGGUCUUUCCGGCUUUCCAGGAAUACCAGGAAAAGAUGGAAUUUCUGGAUAUUUGGGAGAACGGGGUGAAUCCGGUGUUCCAGGUAUGCCAGGUUAUCCUGGCAAUGUUGGAUUACCAGGACUACCCGGUAUGCCAGGACAGAAAGGAACACGUGGUGAUGAUGGAUUGCCAGGUGUACCAGGUUUGCAGGGAUCGGUAGGGCCAAUAGGAAGACCUGGUCCUCCAGGUAGACCUGCUGUUUAUAAUCAAUACUUGCAUUCACCUAAGGGUGAGCAAGGGUAUGCUGGAGUGCCUGGACAGAAAGGCUAUCCAGGAGAAAAUGGAAACCCAGGUAUGCGAGGACCACCAGGAGCAGCAGGAUUUCCGGGUUUACCUGGUCCACCAGGUAGUCCCGGACUUCCAGGCAUACCAGGUAUCAAGGGUGAGAUGGGAUCGAACGGAUUCCCGGGAUCAACAGGACGUAUCGGACAAGUAGGGCAGCCAGGACCACCUGGAUUUCCAGGACCACCAGGUGGCUGGGCACCAUCACGUGGUUUCACUUUUGCAAGACAUUCGCAAGCAACUGAAAUACCACGGUGUCCGGUUGGAUCACAAAUGUUGUGGAAUGGCUAUUCGUUGUUAUAUGUACAGGGAAAUGGUCGUUCUAGUGGUCAAGAUCUUGGUCAACCGGGGUCAUGUUUGUCGAAAUUCAGUCCGAUGCCAUUCAUGUUCUGUAAUUUGAACAGUGUUUGUCAUGUUUCUAGCAGGAAUGACUACUCAUUCUGGCUUUCCACCGCAGAACCAAUGACACAGAUGAUGAAUCCGGUAUCCGGCACGGCCAUAAGGCCAUAUAUUUCGCGAUGUGCGGUAUGCGAAGUACCAACACAGAUACUAGCAGUCCAUUCCCAAGAUUCAUAUGUACCACAAUGUCCACACGGAUGGUCUCCUCUGUAUUCUGGCUAUUCAUUUGUUAUGCAUACUGCUGCUGGUGCCGAGGGAACUGGGCAGAAUUUGGAAUCGCCAGGAAGUUGUUUGGAAGAAUUUCGAGCAGUACCAUUUAUUGAGUGCCAUGGCCGAGGAACGUGCAAUCAUUAUGCAACUAAUCACGGCUUCUGGCUAGCCAUUAUUGAUAAAAAUAAACAGUGGCAAAAACCUAUGUCACAAACGCUUAAAGCGGGUGGUUUGAAAGACCGCGUGAGUAGAUGUCAAGUAUGUCUCAAAAACAAGUGGUAA